GAAACGAGAAUCUUCUAACUUGCGACACAAAUUAUUGGAAAUGACCCAAAAGAUGGCCAUGCUGCAGGAAGAACCUGUGAUUGUAAAACCAAUGCCAGGAAGACCCAACAUGCAAAAUGCUCCCCGGAGAGGGUCAAUGGACGGGCCUCUCCCUCGUCCUCGAUGGUCAUCUGAGGCAUCUGGAAAACCCUCUGCCCCUGAUGCAGGAUCUGGCGCAGCUCCCACGAUGAACAGCGGCUCGAGAAGCUCUUCCCCUGCCAAGGUGACGGAGGAGGGCAAGCAAACUGUUCCCCAAGAGCCUGAAGGCCCUUCAGUUCCCAGCAUUACAUCUUUGGCUGAGCCUCCCGGAGCAGUAAGUCCUUCGAGGCUCAGGGCUGAGCUGGUCACGCGGGCUGUUUCUGGAAAGGACGUGAAGAGCAUGGCCCGGAUCCGCUUUCUUUAGACUGCAUGGCAGUAUUGAUCUUACUGUUGCCUGGGCUUGGAAGUGU